GUCAAAGCGUCGCAGGAUGUCGUACCGUAUAGUUGGUCCGUUCUAGGACGUUAUGUGGUUACGACUUUCCUUACUGCUCCUUUUUGGAGCAGUGAUCGUUACUGGUGACGUUCAACACUCCCAAGCAGAGGAGCUGACUCAUUCUAAUGAGAAAAUAGUACGCGUAAAACGAAAUGAUUUAACAGAAAAGGACAAUGUUGGUCUUGAAGCCAAUGUUUCGGUUCCAAGGAGCACCAUAAUAAAUGCUCCGAAAGCCACAGCAGCCACAGCACCUGUGAAAAGAUCUUUAAGUCGUUUAAGGCGGCAUUAUCGUCGAACCAGGCGAAGGUUUUAUCGUCGUCCACCAGGUCGUCGUCACCUAGGCUUGAGGGGUGUCAGGCCACUUCGCGUCUCAGGGUGUGGAUCAAUGCAGGCUGUGGAUGUUCCUGGUCAUGGCAGGAUACAUAUUUCUGGAACCAACGGAAAGAUGUCUUUGCAGUCCAUCUGCAUGGGAAAAAACGGUGCACAGGGAAGGCUAGCGCUAAAGUCUGUGUGUCUUGGAAUGAACGAUCAAGGAAAAGCGGGAGCAAAUAAUCUCCGUACGUACGUCUUUUACCUUGGACGCAAAAGACGCAUUACCCCAAUCAGGCGUGGAAGGUCUCUGUUUUACUCCCUUCGAGUUGGUCGACACAAAUACCUUGCCGUUCCUUCAGGAAGACACCACAUCAUCGUCAGGAACCGCUAUGGGACUCAACGGCUGCGAUUAAUGAAUGUAUACCCAAACAACACAGGAAGGUGCUGCGYAAGUAUUCGCCGUUAUGUAAAACGCAUUCUGAGGGUGCGUUGUCGAAGAAAACGCAUCAUUCGAUACCGUCGUCGAUACCGUCGUCGUCGUCUUUUACGCAGACGGCUUCGAAAAAUCCGUCGUCAGAAACGCCGCAACCGUCGUCGACGCAUUCUUAAACGGACCAGACGAAAGAUGAGGCGUCUCACUCGUCGAUUACGUAGACGACCCCGUAAAGGAAAGGGAGGAAGACGAUGGCCACGAAGAAGAAGAACUCGCAGACGACGUAGAGGGCGUCUUCCUCGAAAUAAGCUUGGUGUCAGGCGAACCCGUCGUUUAUUGCGCCGUUUCAGGAAACGCUUUGGAAGAAGAAGGAGAGUUCGAAAAACAACGCGAAGACGUCCUAGACCCCGUAGGUUUAUACAAUAUCACAUCGGUCCUCGAGCGCCUUGGACAACCCUCAGAUAUACCCGACGAAAGGUAUUUCGAGGAGUAUACAAGUUCAAAUGGCACAGCUUUAAGAUAAACCGAGGAAUAGUGAGAGUGAAUAUGGGUACCAAACGUAAGCCAAAGUGGAAGAAAGUGCCUAAAGCUACUUUAAGGUACCGAAUAAGGAGAGGACCUUGGUUCAAAGUUCGACCUAAACGUUUUGGCAAGAAAAGAAGAUGGGUGGCACAUAUUGGUCGCCGCAGGCUCGUAAUCAAAUUCCGAAGAGGCCGACUUCGACCAAUAAGAAAAUUAAGGCCGCUGUGGCGUAAAUUAAAACCAGCCUUAUAUUCCAAAAGAUAUCGCCGUCGUCUAAGGCGUAAACAACGAAGAUUUCGAAGAAGAGUCCGCAGAGUUAAACGUUACAUGAAACGUCUAAAACAAUGGCGUCGACGACGCCGUCGUCGGCUUAGACGUCGCCGUCGCGUUCGUAAACUCCGAAGAAGACGACGCCGCCGAAAAAGAAGACGUCGCCGUAAUCGUCGAAUCCUUGGUCGCCGUGGUAUACGUCGUCGAUUUAAGCGUACUAAAAACAACAGAAAAUCUCCGAUCAAAUUACUUGUUAGAAAAAGGUGGAGACCCAUCUGCUAUUCUAAGAAAACCAGAAAAUACUAUUUCCCUUAUGGAAGGCGAAAGAUUCCUCUGCAAUUCAGUCGAGGUAUUCCCAGAUACAGGCUUGGAGGGCGAACACGAGUCGUCAAUGUUAGAAAAUAUGUCAGAGUUUACAUCAGAAAUCGUGUAACCACUGUAAGAGUCAUAAGACGUCGAUGGUAUAUUCGUCGCGGCAAAAAAUUCCGAAGAUGUGUUUUACGUAGAGGUAAAUUCCUGUAUAGAAAAAAGAACAAGAAAUGGAGGAGAAUUGGAAGAACAAGACCAGCAAGACUUCCGAGACGAGUCCGUCGGCGUCGAGUACGUAGAUUGAUUCGCGUUCGUCGACGUAGACGAAAUCGCCGCCGAAUCCGUCGUCGUCGCAAUAGACGUCGCCGUCGAGUAAAACGCCGACGAAGGCGCCGAAGACGCAACCGCAAUAAGAGGCGUCGAUAUAGACGUCGUCUGCGUCGCCUUCGCUUGAGGAUUCGCAAAUGGCGUGUUAAAAGGCGUUCAAAACCUGGCCGUUCAAGAUUAAGGAUAUUCCUUAAAAAGCGUUGGCGUCGUGUGGUAGGCAGGGGAAAACGACUGUACGUCAGAUUUGGUCGUCGUCGUUUAAAGCCUUUGAUAUUCAGAGCCAAGGUGCCAUAUCUAAGAAUUAAGAGGCGUUGGGUUAAACAGCCAGUUAAGAUAGUUGGUGUUCGUACUCGCAAAAAAAUUCGACGUUUGAAAAUGAAGAAAGGCAGAUGGUACAUUAGAUACCGCAAGAAACCUCGCCUGAUCAGAUUUAGAAAGAGACGUAUCAGGAUCUUUUACAAGCGCAGAUUUAUCCGUGUUGGAAAGCCAAGACGAAAGAGACGACGUUAUCCAAAACUAGCUGUACUAAUAUUGAAACGUUGGAGAAGCGUUCGACCAGGCAGAAAAUACUGGUAUACUCGCGUUGGCAGAAAAGUAUUUCCAUUAAGAAUUUUCAAAAGGAAAAUUGUUCAACUUAAAAAAGGAAAGAAAUGGGUUAAAGCAAAGGGAAAAAUUGUUUUCAGGCUACGAAAAAGACGUCGUAACUACAUCAUCAGUUUGACUACGAGAAAGAAGCAAACAUUCUUCAGCACUAUCUAUCAUCGACGCAGUGUGCGCUUCGAACUCRGAAAACGAUUUCCAGUGUUCCGUUCUCUUAAGAAGAGAAAACGAUGGACUGUUAGAAGACGAGGACGAAAACGCCGUUAUACUAAGAAAAUUAAAUGGCUUCGCAGACGCUACCGAAUCCUGAGAAGACGCCGAAGGAUUAUGAAACGUAAAUACAGACGUCGAAGAAAAAAAUCUCGAAGACGUAAGCGCCGUCGACGCCGUGUGCGACGUCGACGCCGUCGUAACCGCAGACGAAGACGAGCAAGAAAAAGAAGACGAAGACACCGACGCCGUGUUGCUCGACGAAUUCGCCGAAGACUUCGCAGACAAAAAAGAAAAGUGAGGAGACGAAUAAACAGAAGACGAAAACGACGACGACGCGUAAUGAGACGUCGAAUCAGACGCCGUUACAGACGAUACAGACGAAAAAAGCGUUUGGGUGGAAACGACACAAAAAUUAGGGUAUUCUUCAAAGGUCAUUACAGAAGGCUUAUUUCAAGAAGAGGAACGUACUUCGUGAGGAUCAGGAAAAUAAAACGACGAGUUACCGUGACCAAGAACUAUGUUCGUAUUUUCUAUGGACGAAGACCAAGGAUUAUCAAAAAAAUGAGACUUCGUUACGGRAGGCGUCGUUUCAAACUGGCUCGCAAGCCACGAUAUUGGAAGGUACCGUUAAGAUAUCGUAACCGUUUGGUUAGAUGUCGAGUCUUGUUAAGAAGAGGUAAAUCUUUCAUACGAGUUGGUAGAAGAUUACGAACAAUCAGACGAUUAAGARGAAUAAAACGACACAAAAGAAGGAUAAAGAGACGACGACGUCGACGAAGACGUAAGAGCAGACGAAUAAGCAGAAGCGUUAGAAGACGAAAUCGUCGGUAUCGUAGACGUGUGARACGUUYGAGACGUCGCGCAAAACGACCUCGUCGUCGUCGCUUAAGACGUACGCGCGGUCGUAGAGGUCGUCGAGGCCGUCGCCUUCGACCACGUCGAAAAAGACCAAACCGUCGUAGACGUCGACCUAAGUUCUUGUUGAAGAUGAAAUUCAGAAAAGCUUGGAGGAGAUUUGUGCCUUCACGGCGAUUCUUCUUCGUCAAUCGAAGAAAGUUCCGCUUCGGUAAAAAGGGCUUGCUGUAUAGGAAAGGUCGGCGCUGGAUACCAAAGCCAAGGACUAAACUAAUGAUUCGUUACAAAAGAGGACGAAGGUGGAGAAGAAUCAAACCAUCUAAGAAAGGAUUUGUUCUCAAAUACCACAAACGGCCACUUUAUUUCAAGUUUARAAGAUCAAGAAUACGCUUUUUUAAAAAAUUCCGCAAGCUGGGAAGAAAGUUUAUAAGACGUGUUCGUUAUAAUUCAAAGGUGAGACGAGCAAGACGAGUAAAACGUCGCCAAAGACGUAAAGCUAGACGCCUUCGUCUUCGUCGUCGCCGCCGCCGCCGUAGUCGUCGCAUAAGACGCAUUCGUCGCCUCAAACGUUUAAGACGUCGCCUUCGUAGAAUUCGUCGCCUUCGACGUCGUCCUCGUCGAGAUCGCCGAGGACGUCGCACAGUUCGCCGUACCCCACUUCGCUACAAUGGACGAUAUACCAUUUACUACAGCAUUACAAAACACUACUACUACACAAAGAUCACUCGUACAAAACGCAUUUAUUUCAAGAUCUAUGGAAACACCAUCAAGCGUAAAGUUGGUCGUAUUUGGAGAUAUAUCUCACCAAGAAAAUUCAAGGUAAAGGUUAAUCGAAAGCUUAGACGUUUAGUGGUACACAAGAAUCGUUGGGUGGUGAGAUAUCGACGCAAGUUACAACCCAUUAAGGUCAGCAAAGGAAUACUACGUCGUUACACAAAGAGACACUGGAUCCGUCUCUCAUCAAGAAAAAGAAUUCGUCGAGCCCGAAGACGCAGGCGCAAGCUUAGAAGGGUCAGAAGACGAAGAAGAAAACAUCGACGUAGGGCACGCCUUCGAAGAAAACAAGUAAGACGUCGUCUCCGCCGUCGAAGACGAAGACGUACUCGCCGAAAGUUGCGACGAGGAUUUAAAUCAAAGCGAUCCCGUAAAGUAAGAGGUUUACCCACGGGUAUCAAAUUCCAAACAAGUCGACAUCAUUGGAUAAAUGUAAGAUACACCGGAAAAAGGUAUUUCUAUUACAAGACAUUCCGAAGGGGAAGGUUUGUUAAAAAGGUGCCUCGCUACUUGCGAUUCAGAACGACGAAGAUCUACCGACGCAUUGGCAGAAGCUGGAGGGUGGUGGCAGCCCGUAGAUUUGCUGCACGAAGAGGAACACUUCUAAGGAGAUUAAGAGUGUCAAAGAGAGGAUUUAUUGUUAAAUUUGGAAGAGUCACAAAGCGCUUCCGCGUAAGAAGGGGCCAUGUAUUACUCUCCAGUCUUCGUGGUCGUCGCGUUCCUCGUCGUCGUGGUCGACGUGGUCGUCGCGUUCGUCGUCGUGGUCGUCGCGUUCGUAGACGUGGUCGUCGCGUUCGUCGACGUGGUCGACGUGGCCGACGUGGUCGACGUGGUCGUCGCGUUCGUCGCUUUCGUCGGCGUGGUCGUCGCGUUCGUCGACGUGGACGUCGCGUUCGAAAAGGUAGUCGUGGUAAACGAGUCGUACGCCGCCUUCGUCGUCGCCGUAAAGGUCUCCUUCGUCGUAUUAGACGUUUCCGUCUUCGUCGUCUUCGUCUUCGUAAGCGUCGUGUACGUCUUGGUCUUAAGCGCCGAGGUCGUCGUGGUCGUCGCCCUCGUCGUCGCCGUGGUCGCCGUGGUCGCCGAGGUCGUCGCGUUCUUCGUCGUCGUAGACGUGGUGGACGUCGUGUUAUCCGUCGUCUCGUACGUCGUUAUCGCCGUAUCCGACGUGUUACGCGCCGCACAAAGCGUCGCCUUAGUCGCUAUCUACGUAGACGUCGUAACGUCCGCGGAAAGAACACAGGUCUGCAAAUAAAAUACAGAAAGCGUUGGAGAAAUAUCAGGUUCAUCAGGCGCGGAUUACGAAUCAGGAAGGGCUUAAAGUACAAUCGAUUAAGAUUUGGAAGACGUGUUAUCCAAACGAGAAUCGGAAAAACUUGGUCGAAGCUACGAAGACCAUUGCUAAGAUUUAAGAAAGGCAGAACGUGGAGGAUAGUCAAACGAACGAGGUUUGGACGCAAUUUCUUUUUCGGAACAACUUUGAAAGGCAAGCCAAGAAAAGUUAAAAUCACAAAGACCGGAAGAAUACGCUACUUAUUAGGAAAAAGAAAGUGGUCUACUGUACGCUUGCCAAGAAGAAAUCGACGCUUAAGACGAAAGGUGAGACGAAGGGUCCGUCGUCGACGAAGAAGAAUAAAGAGAAGAAGAAGGAGACUGAGAAAAAGAAGAAGACGACGACGUGUACGCAGAAAGUCCCGAAAAAUACGAGGCAGAAGACGAAAACCACGCGUUAUUGGUUGUGGUAUGAGAGUACGAUUAAGACGCCGCUGGAGACGUGUCAUAAGACGAAAGCGACGAUUCUAUGUGCGAUACAAUCGAGUAUUGCGUCGUUUGUCAUUUAGGAAGGCCAGACUCCGAAUUCGUAUCAAUCGAAAAUGGAUAAUCCGUCGAUCUUAUCGCAGGAUCAAAGUGCGUAUCAACAAGCGAUUCAGAUUCCUUAAACGUGUUACCUGGAAAGGAGCAAAGAAAUGGACGACAACAUGCUUUGGAAAGCGAAGACCAAUCAGAUUCCGUCGUGGACGUCGCGUUGUUAGAGUCCAUAAGACUUGGACAAGGGUUAGAAAUCAUGUUAAUAUGAAAGUGUUCUACAARGGUAAGAGGUACCCAGUCGUCAGACGUAAAAGCCGAUGGUUCAUUCGUAGGGGCAAGAAGAAGUUCAACCGAAUUMGGCUGCGCGGCAAAGGCUUCAGGUUGAAACUUGGUGGAAAAUGGAAGAAGGUUCCUGGUGCCUACAUUCGCGUCAAGGUUGGUAGACGUUGGAAGACGGUCAAGAACUGCUGCAAUACCCUCCGUCUAAAAUUAAAAGGACGUACAAGAAAACUGUCAUUACGACGUGGCCGAUUCCACUUAAAGUACAAGGGGCGCAAAGUWCAUAUUAGAAAGUUCAAUAGACGACGUGUGUUUAGAGGAAAGCGCAGAAGGAGGAGAUCGGGCCGCAGGAGAUUUAGAAGAAGACGAAGAACAAGAAAACGAAGAACAAGAAGGAGAAGAACAAGAAGGAGAAGAACAAGAAGGAUAAGACGCUUUGGUAAAAAAAGAACCACCAUCGUCAAGCCUGAAGAUCACGUGAACGAGCCGGUCAAGCCUACUGCUUAAGCUCUCAMGUCAACUCCCACGGAAAAUUCAAUGGAUUAAUGAUAUCAUGGAUAUGAAUUAUUAGCUAGUAUUAAUGUAGUAUUGCGAUAUUUAUCACAAUGAAUUGAAAUUCUUAAGGGAAUACGAUUGGCCAUUGAUAACCACGUGAUUGUAAGAGAGUUUAAAUCAGGAGUUUUAAUACAGUAUUUGGAAUGAUGAAUUUGGUUUCAAAUAYUGCUUUCUCACAUAUCAAACUUGUCGCUAAAAUUUCCUGACUUGCAGAUAAGAUUUCACUCAAACAUUUGGGAUAUCUGUCUUUUUAAUUUAGUUUUGAAAAUUUUUGAAACAAGACGAUGUGAUUUAUUGGAAUGAAAUCUGUCACGAAAGAAGUUGAAUAUUCCGGAGCAAAAGAAAUGUAUUGCUGUUACACAUCUCAACCCCAUUGUAAGUUUCUGUCGUCWUGCAUGCUUUUCAAAAUGUUCCUCCCUGAUUGUGCGAUGACGGCAUAUAUGACAUCAUAUAUGACAUCAUUUAACAAGUCGAGGUGAGAGACUCUGAUUAUAAGGCUUUUUCUCUGUUACGUCACAAUUGAGCAUGUCAUCAUCUUGUAAGGCUUAUCUCUAAACUAAGCAACUCAGUUCGUAUUCCAUUGAGAAUUUCUUUUCGUUAAUUCAGUAUAUUCUUCGUUGUAAGAGAGAAAUCAUUUGCUGUUGGUCUGAUUUUGACCCUCCGAUCCUUCCCCACACUGUUUCAGGCAAAACCCUCGUUUUCCCCCAAGGUUAUCAUGCAAAACAUAGCACAAACCAUGACAAUGCGUCAUAAAAUCUGUAACUGAGCCAUAUAUCCUAUCUAAACCUCAUUAUACCUCUUAUUACCUCCAAAACAUCUAUCUAACCUUGAUAAUAUAAGAUAUAUAUUCCCAUUCCUGUCCUGAAAGCACACUGACACCUAGAUGACCAUACAGAUAACUAUGAAUGAAUAAAGCAACCAAUAAACUAAA